AUGGAGGGCGCGCUGGUGGCCAACUGGAGCGCGGAGGCGGUCAACGGCAGCGAGGCGCCUCCGGAAGCCGAGGGCAACCGCACCGCCGGGCCCCCGCAGCGCAACGAGGCCCUGGCGCGCGUGGAGGUGGCCGUGCUGUGCCUCAUCCUCUUCCUGGCGCUGAGCGGCAACGCGUGCGUGCUCCUGGCGCUGCGCACCACGCGCCACAAGCACUCGCGCCUCUUCUUCUUCAUGAAGCACCUGAGCAUAGCCGACCUGGUGGUGGCAGUGUUCCAGGUGCUGCCGCAACUGCUGUGGGACAUCACCUUCCGCUUCUACGGGCCCGACCUGCUGUGCCGCCUGGUCAAGUACCUGCAGGUGGUGGGCAUGUUCGCCUCCACCUACCUGCUGCUGCUCAUGUCUCUCGACCGCUGCCUGGCCAUCUGCCAGCCGCUGCGGACGCUGCGUCGCCGCGCGGACCGCCUGGCCGUGCUCGCCACGUGGCUGGGCUGCCUGGUGGCCAGCGCGCCGCAAGUGCACAUCUUCUCGCUGCGCGAGGUGGCCGACGGCGUCUUCGACUGCUGGGCCGUCUUCAUCCAGCCGUGGGGGCCCAAGGCCUACAUCACGUGGAUCACACUCGCGGUCUACAUCGUGCCUGUCAUCGUGCUCGCCGCCUGCUACGGCCUCAUCAGCUUCAAGAUCUGGCAGAACUUGCGACUCAAGACGGCGGCGGCGGCGGCGGCUGCAGAGGGGCCGGAGGGUGCGGCGGCGGGCGGCGCGGGGCGCGCGGCUCUGGCACGCGUCAGCAGCGUCAAGCUCAUCUCCAAGGCCAAGAUCCGCACGGUUAAGAUGACCUUCAUUAUCGUGCUGGCCUUCAUCGUGUGCUGGACGCCGUUCUUCUUCGUGCAGAUGUGGAGCGUCUGGGACGCCAAUGCGCCCAAGGAAGCCUCGGCUUUCAUCAUAGCCAUGCUCCUGGCCAGCCUCAACAGCUGCUGCAACCCUUGGAUCUACAUGCUCUUCACGGGCCACCUCUUCCAUGAACUUGUACAACGUUUCCUCUGCUGCUCCUCUGGCUACCUGAAGGGCAACCGUCCGGGAGAGACCAGCGUCAGCAAAAAGAGCAACUCAUCCACCUUUGUCCUGAGCUGCCACAGCUCCAGCCAGAGGAGCUGCUCUCAGCCAUCCACGGUGUGA